UAUAGACUGGACCCAUCCUCGGGAGUCAGUGUGUUGCACAACAUGUUUCUCUGACUGUUGUGGCAACAGAUGAUAUUAAAAGAGCGGCGUGUACGGUAGGUGCCAUAUAGCUUCAGCCUGACACGGAAAAGACCAGUUCAGAACAGCAAGCACCAUGGCGCACUUUCUUCACAUGGUUUUCUCAGUAACGCUGCUUUGCGUCACCAUCACCUCCACGUGGGCAGCGAACUGCAUCAACGACGCCAGCUGUAACGGCCACGGCACCUGUCCCACGGCCUGCACAACUGUCUGCAGCUGCACUGGUGGCUAUGGCGGGGACGACUGUGCUGUUCCUCCGGUGUGUACGGCGGGGGGCAGCGAGUGCGGUAGCAAGGGCACCUGCGUCACCGCCACGUCACCCUACUAUUGUUCCUGUACGGAAGGCUACAGUGGAACGCUGUGUACAGUAGCACCCAUUUGCACAGCUGCAGGAACUCAGUGCGGCACCAACGGCGAUUGCACAACAACAGCAUCUCCCUAUGUCUGCACCUGCAAGAACGGAUACACUGGCACACUGUGCACCAUAGCCCCCAUCUGCACAGCUACAGGAAGCCAGUGUGGCACCAACGGCGACUGCACAACAACGGCUACUCCUUACGCCUGCACCUGCAAGAACGGAUACUCUGGCACAUUGUGCACCGUCGCCCCCGUCUGCACAGCUGCAGGAACAGAGUGUGGCACCAACGGCGAUUGCACAACAACAGCAUCUCCCUACGUCUGCACCUGCAAGAACGGAUACUCUGGAACAAUGUGCACCACCCCCCCCAUCUGCACAGCUGCAGGAACUGAGUGUGGCACCAACGGCGAUUGCACAACAACAGCAUCUCCCUAUGUCUGCACCUGCAAGAACGGAUACUCUGGAACAAUGUGCACUACCCCCCCCAUCUGCACAGCUGCAGGAACUGAGUGUGGCACCAAUGGCGAUUGCACAACAACAGCAUCUCCCUAUGUCUGCACCUGCAAGAACGGAUACACUGGCACACUGUGCACCACAGCCCCUAUCUGCACAGCAGCAGGAACUCAAUGCGGUACCAACGGCGACUGCACAACGGCAGUGACUCCCUAUGUCUGCACCUGCAAGAACGGAUACAGUGGGACACUGUGCACCACCCCACCAAUAUGCACCGCAGCAGGAACUCAAUGUGGGAACAAUGGUGGUUGUAACACCUGCGGCACCGUCCCCUCCUGUCAGUGCAACGGCGGCUACGGCGGCAAUACCUGCUCUUCAGCCCCGGCCUGCAGUUAUACUGGGAAUGAGUGCCUGAACAAAGGUUCCUGCAACACCACAGUGUCUCCCUACACAUGCGACUGUGCAGCCCUCUUCACCGGCAACACUUGCAGUGUCUACAACUCAGGUCAUCACGUGACGUACUUCUUGGCGUCCAUCAUCUUCUGUGUGUUUGGAAGUGUUCUGUUUAUGUAACUGUCGAGUUGUAUCCUUCCCAGGAUCUCUCACCCACUAGAACACGGGGUACCAUACAUGAAUUUACACCACACAAGUUGUAACAAUAUCGACUCGGGAAGAAACUACUUCUUUAGACCAUAUUUAAAGUAAAACCUAGAGCUUGGUCUUUAGGUGUUAUAACUGUUUUGUGGGCAAGUUAUUGAUUUGUGUGUAUCUCUGAGAACAACAUAAAAAGUUCCUGUAAAACAUGAAAAAGUUUGUUCUGUACCCUGAUGACGUGUCGAGUCACAGACUUCUGUCAGUUGUUCCACUGAUAUAAAGGGUAUCGUUCAACAA